AGUUUACCUAAACGUAUAACUGUGUAUCUAAUUUACCUAAUUAUAUACAAUUAUUUCCUUUCAACAUCGAAAGGAAUAUUGACUUUCAGGAAACGAAUAGUCAGAGCAAACUAAAGUGAUAAAAUAAUGAUGCAUUGCAGAAAAUAAAUAAACGAAACCAUUAAACGUGCUUCGUUAAUAAUUACGGUGCUAGCUGGAAAGUGAUAAAUGUCAGGAAAACAAAUGGGAGAUGUCACUGCAGUCCUGCGCAGACGUAUUGCCUCGGAGCGAAGCCUCCGCCUACCGCUACCGCUAAUAAUAGAGACUUCUUAAAAAACUGACCAUAAGCCAUAACGUCAAGUCAUUCCGAUUAUAUCAUUAUCGAUUGUAACAACCAUGGCAUUCCCUCGAACAGCUGAGGCACCGGUCCGAGGUUAUUUAGCCGGGUUGUUUAGACGCAAUGCAGAUCACGUGUGCGCUGAAAAACCUACAGCGGCUUCUGUAUACGCCCUACGACAUAUUCCAUCUCUAUCCUUCAUGCAAAAGAAAUGUUAAGUUAGACAGGAAAGACAGUUUUGGGGUUGAGUCGAGUCGCCGACGCGUCUGCGUGUCGCGCACAUUCAGCGGUCGAUGGCGAACCGUUGCGCGCGCAAGUGUCUACCUCACCGGCCGUUUCAAUCCAUUCCGAUCGGAGUUCUCGUGCCGAGCGGUCGAUUCAUACGCUAGCCCUGGGCGAACCGUCGGCAGUCGCGCCGGCGCCGCCGUCGGCGAUGGACCACGACGAAGACAGGUCCUUGUCUCUGGGUACGGAGGUAUCUGCCUCUGUGCCCCCACCGAGCCCGCUUACGGGAUGUUAUUUGCUCGCGGUGAUUGGGGAGCCCCACACUCACGAGCACAAGGAGAUUAUUCUGCAGCGACUCGUUAAAGGGCUGCUAUCAUGGGACUCUGGCGAGCACCAGGUCGACUUGGAGAAGGAGUUAUCCACCCUCACGGCGCAGGCACCCGAGGGGGAGGAAGCUCGAUAUGGCGAACGUCUGAUACAGUUCGCGUCGGAGAACCUGGUGACGGAGAUCCUGAUCCACCCGCAGAUGAACACGCUGAUGCAGUGCAUGCGCAACCUGCUCAGCUCCUUCACGAGGCACCGCCACCUCGUGCACGCCGGAUAUACAUUCGCUGGGAACGGCUCCUGGAUCAUGCAGGACGGGACCUUUUCCCUAGCAGACUUCACUGAUGCAUACCAAGAAAAUGAGGUACAGCGCGUGAUUCGCGCAUACGAGAAUUCGAUUUCUAUUGAUGUCCACUGCUCAACGAGCGGCGGCGGCGAAUGGGGCAAGCUCGCUGAGAUGCCCUUCGUCAAAUACUGCAAGAUUAGGGUCAACCCUACUGAUAUACUCGACUCUGGCUCUCAAGCCAUCAAGGAUUUUAUCGCAUACCUGGAUCCCUUCGUGGUGCCAGCGAGCUUGGACCAGCUCCUGGUGUCGAGCGACGUGGUCGGCAACAUCAGAUUCAGCCACCCGACGCUCUACGUGUUCCCAGGAGGCCAAGGAGACGCGGCACUCUUCGGGAUUAAUGGAUUUAACAUGCUAGUCGACGGCGGGUUCUCCCGCAAGGCGUGCUGGUGGGACUUCGCCCGCCACUUGGAUCGCCUCGACGCCGUCCUCUUCACUCGCAUCAAUAACUGCUCUGUGUCCGGCAUGGCGUCCGUGCUGCGCAGGAAGGCCGGAGCCACUGUCUACCCACAGAUUGGACACUUCUUCUGUAAUUUAGAGGAGCGCCGAGCCCUCGCAAGUCCCGACGGAGACAAGGACGCGGACCCUCUGCUGGUGUCCCUCCUGCAGGAAGGGUCCGACAUGAUGGCCGACCUGCGCCAUAUUAACCUCAAACCUCAACACUGCUAUAGAAACCCGGAACCAAUCAACUUGUACCACAAAGUUGGUCAUGGAACCCUCGACAUGUACGUACUGAAUCCGUCCAAGGACUCGAAAUACGUUCGUGAAUUUUUAAAACGGUGGCACAAUAGCGAGCAGAAGUUAUUUGAAGGUGCCAGCGUGUCGGGACAGUUUAAUUUCCCGAUACCCAACUUAGUAUCAAUAUGCGCACUAUUAGUAUGGCGCCCAGCGAACCCCGACGACACGAUCACCAGGAUCAUGUUUCCGGGAUCAACUCCACAACACAAAAUAUUUGAAGGCUUAGAAAAACUAAAACAUUUAGAAUUCUUACAACACCCCACGUGUACAGGAAGGCAAAUGGCGCCGGCAACCCCACCAGUCACUACUACAGCUACAACAGUUACCUCAACAAAGAUGUCGGCUAAAAUCUCAACAAAAUCUAGCAAAGAACGGAGUAUUAUUGCUGAAAAGGCGAAAGACGAGAAAAUCGUUGAACCUGAACCACCACCAAAAGAUUUGAAAGAAGGAGAAACUAAAAAUAUUAUAGACAAUAAAUUACUUAGUGAACUCGUAGACGGUGACGAUAAAAUUGGAUCCGUCCUACAAGAGGCUAUCACUGCCAGAUUAGAAUCAAAAUUAGAUGAUAAGAUUGCUCAGUACGAGAGCACUGUGAUAGACGGCCUGCCUAAAAAGAAAGAUGUAAGAAAGAAAGCUGUAGAGAAGAAAUCAAAACGUAUUGAUAAGACUGAUGAAGCAAAAGACUUUGUAGUUAAGGCUGAUGCAAAGAAAGUUGACGCUGAACCAAAACCUAAAGUUGAAAGGAAAAAAGUGGAUGGUCGCAAAACAGAAAUGACAGCGUCAAUGUCUAGGAACAAAAUCAGCCACCGUGCAACCCGCGCCGUGUCAGAAAAGAAAACAUCAGUAAGUACGGUCGAUAAAAAAACUGUAGGGGAAGACAAAAAAUCACCUCCCACAACUCCUAAAAAGACAUUAGAAGCCAAACCUACAUUAAGCGUACCAGCAGUUAAGGACAAAUUGAAACCCAAAAUUAGAAGACUGAGCCCAGGUAGCACCCCGGCAAAAAGUACCAAGGAAGCGAAGAACCGAAUGGUUAUGGAAUCAAAAUAUAAACAAGUCUCUCCAAAACGGGAUCUCACUGCCAAACCUACCGAAAAGAAAGAAACCAAAGCUAAAAGAGAACCCAUAUCACGAAGGCCUCGGCCAUUAUCAUCUCCUGUCAAGGGAUUAAAAGCCAUGAAAAGCCCUACAAAAUCUGUUAAGUCAAUAAAGUCAGACGCCUCCAAAUUAAAAGGUUUACAAAGAGUCAACUACGAAGACAUACUGAAAGAUGCAAAAAAAUCUGACGAAGAAACAUCAAAAUCCCUAGAUGACAUAAAACAACAAGAGUUAGACGAACGAGAAGAACAAGAAAUUGUUCGAGAAAUAGAAGCGGUUUUCAAUAGAGAUAGUGAAGCUGAAGAAAAAACGGAAUACGUUGGACGAUCUGACAUAGAAAAAAUAACAUGUUUACUAGAUGAUACCAAAACCGAGACUACAGCAGACGGUGAAUUUGAAGAGGAAUACCUAAUUAUAGAAAAAGAAGAAGUUGAACAGUAUACUGAAGACUCUAUUGUUGACAGAGAAGACAGUCAUGAGCACGAAGACGAACUGCAAAAACACGCAAAAGAUAAAGAAGAGUCUGAAAAGAAGAAAGAUGUCACAGUAUUAGAAAAGGAAAAGCCUGAAGAAACACAAAUAAAGACUGAAGCCGUUAUUGAAAUGGAAGUAAAACAAAUUGAAUCUAAGGAACAUUCGAUUAGCGUAGAGGAAAAACAAGACAUAAGUAGUGAAAAGAAAACUUCUGAUAGUAAAAGUAUCCCUAAGCCUAAAGAUUCUCUUGAAAUGCAGGUUCAAGAGUCUCAGCCGGAUGAAAAAAUUUCAACAACUAUCGAAUCUGGAGCUACAACUGCACCUACUCUUCCUGAAGAUGAGCGUAUCACUCUUGAUGACAUAAAAGAAGACCAACAAAUAGAAGAAAAGCACAUACAAGAAGAAACGAAAGAAGUUAUUCCACCGCAAAGCUUAGUAGACAGCAAGCCAUUGUUGCUUGAAAAAAGUCCUAAGCUCGAGUCCCAACCUGUUCCAAUUAGGGAAAUAGUUAAAACUCCGGAUGAGGUGGCCGAUCUUCCUUUACACGAGGAAGUUGACUAUAGAACAUAUGUAGAAAAGAAAACACCUGAAGACGAAGUGUUUAAACGUAAGCCGGACGAAAUCAAAGUACCUAAAGAUUUACCGCUUCCUGAUCUGGAAACUCCAGUAUACAAAGAUAUUAAAACGGUCCAAGAUGACGUUGUAGUUAAAACAGUUCAGAGCGCAUCGCAUGCUGAACUUGUUACAGUUACACCUGGUUCAGCCCCCGAAUCCCCAAUGUACCACGAACAAAUGAAAGUUUCUGCGACUCCAGACAAGGAGCUAAAACCUGUAAAAGAAUAUGAUGAUAGCGAAUAUGACUAUGGUCAAUACACUGAAAAACUAAGAGAAACUCAUAUAACUACCCUUGAUUCGCCGAUCAAAGACGAUAUUAUAGUAAUUGAAGAGAUUCCGUGCAUGCCUGAAAAAAUACCAUCGAUACCAGAAGAUGUCGAAAAAGAAAUUGAGGAAGCUAGUAAGCUUGAAAUGGAUAAACCUCCUUUGAGCCCUAAAGAUGUUGAAAAAAUUGUCGCCGAUGUAGCUGAAGUUUUGAAAUCAGAUAAGAGCUUAGAAGAAAUUAUGGCUGAGAAAUCACCUUUACUAAGUAAAUCACCUGAACUAUUCCCAAAAAUGGACGCUAUUGAUGCAACAAAGUUGUUGUUGACACACGAACAAGAAAUUAAACAGAAUUUAGUAAAGAGUGUUAAACAGACUGACACCUUGGAUACUACGGCAGACCACGAACUCUUGGAUGCAGUACAAAAAGAGGUAUCACCAGUUCGGUCAGUUACGUCAGAAGACGUCAGUGAAAUUUCAGAUAAAACUGUACUCAGUGAAGGCAAACGCGCAAAGCGGGAGAUAGCUGACGAAAAAUUAGGACGUCAAGUUGAUGUUGAAGAAAAGGCUAUUUUACCUGAAGAACUCGCUAAAGAAAAAGAAGGUUCAGAUGUAACUGAUCAUGCCGUACUAGGAAAACAUGAACCCACUGACGCAAAAGAAACGUUAUCUGAAAGAAGGGUUAGCACUACCCUUGAAUCAGCAAAAACACUUGAAAAACUUGAGGAAAAAAUAGCAGAUCUCAAAAGACAGGAAGAAAUGUCAUUCCGAGAUAAAGUUGAAACCGUAAGAAAAGACCACGAUGAUGACAUUGAAAAAUUCAACGUAGUAUUAGAAAAAUCUGCAAAAUUAGUUACCUCACAAAAAGAAAGUUCAAAAACAAUUGACACAAAUGACACAGGUAAACUACUGGAAGAAAAAGAACUAAGUCCUGAAAAAGAAAUGUCUAAAAAGACAUUGCUGCAAAAGGCGGAAACUAAAGUAGAUAAAAUGGCCGAGAAGGUAUCGGCCUUUAAAGACGAAGUGUUUGGAUUCUUUGGCAAAAGAACUGAAAAGAAAGACACUGGCACCUCAAAAGGUGUCCCCGAAAAAGUAGUCGAUAAAAGUCCCGAAAAAGAAAUAUUGGACGAAGUAUCAAGUUCGAAGAUAGACGCAGAACUCAGUUCUCGAAAAGAAGAUGUAGGAAAACUCUCAAGUCCUGAAAAGGAUAAGCAUGAAACAACCCCUACCUCUAUUCCAAAGGACUUGAAACUAUCUAGUUUUACCGAAUCUGACAAGACAUUUGAAAAGGAUAGUCUUGAAGGUCUCAUCUAUGAUGAAGAUCAAGAAUUAGAUAUAGAAGAAAGACUAAUAGGUUUUGAACCUGCUGGUAAACCUGAAGAGUAUACCACAACUCAACAAUUAAAGAUAACAGAAAAAGGUAUUGUAAUUUUACGAAUAUCUACCGUAACGACUAUAGUACAGGAAUAUACCAAUGUAUCGAAAACUAUGUUUAGAUAUAAGACAACAGUAUUAACAAUUGAAGAUGAUGAACUUCCUGAUGGUACUAAAGUCAGCCGAACAUACAGGAAGGUCUCUUUAAGUCACGAACGACCAAAACUUAGCCCGAUAAAACUAGACCAAGACGAUCAGAGCCUAUUAAAACCUACCAUCACUGUACCUAAAUCUACAGCGCAAGAUAUAUCUAGUCCAACUAAAAGUUCACCAGAACCAAGUCCAAUUGCGUUAGAAAAAGAUUUAACAAGCUCUGUUAUUGAAAUUCCUACUUCACCAGAUGAAAAAUUACCCAGUUUAAUUUAUGAUGAAGAUGAAGAGUUAGAAGUUGAAGAGAGACUAAUGGGUUUUGAACCAAAUGGAAAACCUGAUGAAGUAACCAUUACACAAGUUAUUACAGUUAAUGACAAAGGCGUACUAAUUAAAAGAAAGUCUGUCAUUACAACUAUUGUCCAAGAAUAUACAAACAUUACAAAGACUAUGGUUCGAUAUAAAACAACUACUUUGACUAUUGAGGAAGACGAGUUACCUCAUGGUGCUAAAGUAAGCCGAACUAUAAGAAAGGUCUCUUUAGCUUAUGAAAAACCUCAACUUGACAAACAAAAUGAAGUGGCCCUUAACCUCGAAAAAGAGUUAGCGGAAAAAGAUACUUCUUAUACCGUACAAAAAGAACUGCGAAGCCCUAAAAAACAGGAUGAAUAUUUAUUUACCGAAUCAGAUGAAAAACUCUCGGGUCUGAUAUACGAUGAAGCCCAUGAGCUGAAAAUUAAAGAAAUUCUAAAAGACUUUGAAGAAACAGAUAAUCCAGAGGAGCAUACAACUACAAAAGUAACCACUUUAACUGACAAAGGUAUAAUUAUCAGUAGAACGACAAUUAUAACAACCAUAAUACAAGAGUUUACAAACAUCUAUACUAAAAUUGUUAAAUAUAAAGUAAGCAUAACCACUUCCUUCAUGGAUGAACAUCCAGAUGGCUCGAAGCAUAAACGAAUUUGUAGACAAGUACAACUUGUUGACAAAAAACCAGAUCCAAUUCCAUUUGAGUUGACAGAAGAACCAACUGAAGUCAAAUCAAAAAGCCAAGACGAUCUAAUCACCUUGGCUACGGUGCCAAGCCUUGGUAAACGAGAAGACGAGUUACUCACCAAUGGACUUGAGGACAAGAAAUCCAGUCAGGAAGGUCUCAAGGACAAGGACAAGGCUCAAAUCCCUCUUGAUCUUAAGGAUAAAGCACCAAGUCCUGUUGAAUUUAAAGACCAAGCACUAAGCCAUGUGGAUUUCAGAGACAAGAAACCAAGUCCUGUGGACCUCGAAAAGAAACAGCCAAGCCCUGUAGAUCUUAAGACAGAGAAACCAAGCCUCGUUGAUCUUAAGGACAAAUCACCAAGCCCUGUAGAUCAUGCGGAGAAGGUACCAAGUCCUUUUGAACUCGAAGACAAGAAACCAAGACCAGAGGAUCUCAAGGACAAGACACCAAGCAGUGUAGAUCUUGAGGAAAAGACACCAAGUCCUGUUGAUCUCAAGGAAAAGGCACCAAGCCCUGUUGAUAAUGCGGAGAAGGCAUCAAGUCCUGUUGAUCUUAACGAAAAAGUACCAAGUCCUGUUGAUCUUAAAGAAAAGGCACCAAGCCCAGUGGAUCUUAAGGCAAAGGCACAAAAACCUGUUGAUCUCAAGGAAAAAGCACCAAGCCCUGUUGAACUUGAGGACCAGAAACCAAGCCCAGUGGAUCUCAAGGAAAAGACACCAAGUCCUGUUGAUCUCAAGGAGAAGGCACCAAGCCCUGUUGAACUUGAGGACCAGAAACCAAGCCCAGUGGACCUCAAGGAAAAGAAACCAAGUCCUGUUGAUCUCAAGGAGAAGGCUUCAAGCCCUGUUGAACUUGAGGACCAGAAACCAAGCCCACUGGAUCUCAAGGAAAAGACACCAAGCCCAGUGGAUCUUAAGGAACAGGCACCAAGCCCUGUUGAACUCAAGGACCAAAAACCAAGCCCAGUAGAUCUCAAGGAAAAGACACCAAGCCCUGUUGAUCAUGCGGAGAAGGCGCCAAGCCCUGUUGAUCACGUGGAGAAGGCACCAAGUCCUGUUGAACUUGAAGACCAGAAAUCAAGCCCUGUUGAUCACGUGGAGAAGGUACCUAGUUCUGUUGAACUUGAAGACCAGAAACCAAGCCCUGUUGAUCUCAAGGAGAAGGCACCAAGCCCUGUUGAACUUGAGAACCAGAAACCAAGCCCAGUGGAUCUUAAGGAAAAGACACCAAGUCCUAUUGAUCUCAAGGACAAGGCACCAAGCCCUGUUGGACUUGAGGACCAGGAACCAAGCCCAGUGGAUCUCAAGGAAAAGACACCAAGUCCUGUUGAUCUCAAGGACAAGGCACCAAGCCCUGUGGAUCAUGCGGAGAAGGCACCAAGUCCUGUUGAUCUCAUGGAAAAGCCACCAAGUCCAGUAGAUCUCAAGGAAAAGACACCAAGCCCAGUGGAUCUUAAGGAAAAGGCAUCAAGCCCUGUUGAACUUGAGGACCAGAAACCAAGCCCAGUGGAUCUCAAGGAAAAGACACCAAGUCCUGUUGAUCUCAAGGACAAAGCACCAAGCCCUGUUGAACUUGAGGACCAGAAACCAAGCCCAGUGGAUCUCAAGGAAAACACACCAAGUCCUGUUGAUCUCAAGAACAAGGCACCAAGCCCUGUGGAUCAUGCGGAGAAGGCACCAAGUCCUGUUGAUCUCAUGGAAAAGCCACCAAGUCCAGUAGAUCUCAAGGAAAAGACACCAAGCCCAGUGGAUCUUAAGGAAAAGGCACCAAGUCCUGUUGAUCUUAAGGAAAAGGCACCAAGCCCUGUUGAUCAUGCGGAGAAAGCGCCAAGCCCUGUUGAUCACGUGGAGAAGGCACCAAGUCCUGUUGAACUUGAAGACCAGAAACCAAGCCCUGUUGAUCUCAAGGAGACGGCACCAAGCCCUGUUGAACUUGAGGACCAGAAACCAAGCCCAGUGGAUCUCAAGGAAAAGACACCAAGUCCUGUUGAUCUCAAGGACAAAGCACCAAGCCCUGUUGAACUUGAGGACCAGAAACCAAGCCCAGUGGAUCUCAAGGAAAAGACACCAAGUCCUGUUGAUCUCAAGGACAAGGCACCAAGCCCUGUGGAUCAUGCGGAGAAGACACCAAGUCCUGUUGAUCUCAAGGAAAAGACACCAAGCCCAGUGGAUCUUAAGGAAAAGGCACCAAGUCCUGUUGAUCUCAAAGAAAAGGCACCAAGCCCUGUGGAUCAUGCGGAGAAGGCACCAAGUCCUGUUGAUCUCAUGGAAAAGCCACCAAGUCCAGUAGAUCUCAAGGAAAAGACACCAAGCCCAGUGGAUCUUAAGGAAAAGGCACCAAGUCCUGUUGAUCUUAACGAAAAGGCACCAAGCCCUGUUGAUCAUGCGGAGAAGGCGCCAAGCCCUGUUGAUCACGUGGAGAAGGUACCAAGUCCUGUUGAACUUGAAGACCAGAAACCAAGCCCUGUUGAUCUCAAGGAAAAGACACCAAGUCCUAUUGAUCUCAAGGACAAGGCACAAAGCCCUGUUGGACUUGAGGACCAGAAACCAAGCCCAGUGGAUCUCAAGGAAAAGACACCAAGUCCUGUUGAUCUCAAGGACAAGGCACCAAGCCCUGUUGAUCAUGCGGAGAAGGCACCAAGUCCCGUUGAUCUCAUGAAAAAGCCACCAAGUCCAGUAGAUCUCAAGGAAAAGACACCAAGCCCAGUGGAUCUUAAGGAAAAGGCACCAAGUCCUGUUGAUCUUAAGGAAAAGGCACCAAGCCCUGUUGAUCAUGCGGAGAAAGCGCCAAGCCCUGUUGAUCACGUGGAGAAGGCACCAAGUCCUGUUGAACUUGAAGACCAGAAACCAAGCCCUGUUGAUCUCAAGGAGAAGGCACCAAGCCCUGUUGAACUUGAGGACCAGAAACCAAGCCCAGUGGAUCUCAAGGAAAAGACACCAAGUCCUGUUGAUCUCAAGGACAAAGCACCAAGCCCUGUUGAACUUGAGGACCAGAAACCAAGCCCAGUGGAUCUCAAGGAAAAGACACCAAGUCCUGUUGAUCUCAAGGAGAAGGCACCAAGCCCUGUGGAUCAUGCGGAGAAGACACCAAGUCCUGUUGAUCUCAAGGAAAAGACACCAAGCCCAGUGGAUCUUAAGGAAAAGGCACCAAGUCCUGUUGAUCUCAAAGAAAAGGCACCAAGCCCUGUGGAUCAUGCGGAGAAGGCACCAAGUCCUGUUGAUCUCAUGGAAAAGCCACCAAGUCCAGUAGAUCUCAAGGAAAAGACACCAAGCCCAGUGGAUCUUAAGGAAAAGGCAUCAAGCCCUGUUGAACUUGAGGACCAGAAACCAAGCCCAGUGGAUCUCAAGGAAAAGACACCAAGUCCUGUUGAUCUCAAGGACAAGGCACCAAGCCCUGUGGAUCAUGCGGAGAAGGCACCAAGUCAAGUUGAUCUCAUGGAAAAGCCACCAAGUCCAGUAGAUCUCAAGGAAAAGACACCAAGCCCAGUGGAUCUUAAGGAAAAGGCACCAAGUCCUGUUGAUCUUAAGGAAAAGGCACCAAGCCCUGUUGAUCAUGCGGAGAAGACGCCAAGCCCUGUUGAUCACGUGGAGAAGGUACCUAGUUCUGUUGAACUUGAAGACCAGAAACCAAGCCCUGUUGAUCUCAAGGAGAAGGCACCAAGCCCUGUUGAACUUGAGGACCAGAAACCAAGCCCAGUGGAUCUUAAGGAAAAGACACCAAGUCCUAUUGAUCUCAAGGACAAGGCACCAAGCCCUGUUGGACUUGAGGACCAGAAACCAAGCCCAGUGGAUCUCAAGGAAAAGACACCAAGUCCUGUUGAUCUCAAGGACAAGGCACCAAGCCCUGUGGAUCAUGCGGAGAAGGCACCAAGUCCUGUUGAUCUCAUGGAAAAGCCACCAAGUCCAGUAGAUCUCAAGGAAAAGACACCAAGCCCAGUGGAUCUUAAGGAAAAGGCAUCAAGCCCUGUUGAACUUGAGGACCAGAAACCAAGCCCAGUGGAUCUCAAGGAAAAGACACCAAGUCCUGUUGAUCUCAAGGACAAGGCACCAAGCCCUGUUGAACUUGAGGACCAGAAACCAAGCCCAGUGGAUCUCAAGGAAAAGACACCAAGUCCUGUUGAUCUCAAGGACAAGGCACCAAGCCCUGUGGAUCAUGCGGAGAAGGCACCAAGUCCUGUUGAUCUCAUGGAAAAGCCACCAAGUCCUGUUGAUCUCAAGGAAAAAGCACCAAGCGAUGUCGAACUUGAGGACCAGACACCAAGCCCAGUGGAUCUCAAGGAAAAGACACCAAGCCCAGUGGAUCUUAAGGAAAAGGCACCAAGCCCUGUUGAUAUCAAGGAAAAGGCACCAAGCAAUGUUGAACUAGAGGACAAGGCACCAAGCCCUGUUGAACUUGAGAACCAGAAACCAAGCCCAGUGGAUCUCAAGGAAAAGAAACCAAGCCCAGUGGAUCUUAAGGAAAAGGCAACAAGCCCUGUUGAACUCAAGGACCAGAAACAAAGCCCAGUAGAUCUCAAGGAAAAGGCACCAAGUCCUGUUGAACUUCAGGACCAGAAACCAAGUCCAGUAGAUCUCAAGGAAAAGACACCAAGCCCAGUGGAUCUUAAGGAAAAGGCACCAAGUCCUGUUGAUCUUAAAGCAAAGGCACCAAGCCCUGUUGAUCAUGCGGUGAAGGCGCCAAGCCCUGUUGAUCACGUGGAAAAGGUACCAAGUCCUGUUGAACUUGAAGACCAGAAACCAAGCCCUGUUGAUCUCAAGGAAAAGGCACCAAGCCCUGUUGAUCAUGCUGAGAUGGAACCAAGUCCUGUUGAUUAUGUGGAGAAGGGACCAAGUCCUGUUGAUAUCAAGGAAAAGACACCAAGCCCAGUGGAUCUUAAGGAAAAGGCACCAAGUCCUGUUGAACUUGAGGACCAAAAACCAAGUCCAGUAGAUCUCAAGGAAAAGACACCAAUCCCAGUAGAUCUUAAGGAAAAGGCACCAAGUCCUGUUGAUCUUAAAGAAAAGGCACCAAGUCCUGUUGAUCAUGCGGAGAAGGCUCCAACUCCUGUUGAUCUCAAGGAAAAGGAACUAAGUCCUGUGGAUCUUAAGGAAAAGGUAACAAUCCCUGUUGAACUUGAGGACCGGAAACCAAGCCACGUAGAUCUCAAGGAAAAGACACCAAGCCCAGUGGAUCUUAAGGAAAAGGCACCAAGUCCUGUUGAACUUGAGGACCAAAAACCAAGUCCAGUAGAUCUCAAGGAAAAGACACCAAUCCCAGUAGAUCUUAAGGAAAAGGCACCAAGUCCUGUUGAUCUUAAAGAAAAAGCACCAAGUCCUGUUGAUCAUGCGGAGAAGGCGCCGAGCCCUGUUGAUCUCAAGGAAAAGGCUCCAAGCCCUGUUGAUCACGCGAAGAAGUCGCCAAGCCCUGUUGAUCUCAAGGAAAAGGCACCAAGUCCUGUUGAUCAUGCGGAGAAGGCGCCGAGCCCUGUUGAUCUCAAGGAAAAGGCUCCAAGCCCUGUUGAUCUCAAGGAAAAGGCACCAAGCGAUAUUGAACUUCAGGAAAAGAAACCAAGCCCAGUGGAUCUGAAGGAAAAGACACCAAUCCCAGUAGAUCUUAAGGAAAAGGCACCAAGUCCUGUUGAUCAUGCGGAGAAGGCGCCGAGCCCUGUUGAUCUCAAGGAAAAGGCUCCAAGCCCUGUUGAUCUCAAGGAAAUGGCACCAAGCCCUGUUGGUCAUGCGGAGAAGGCACCAAGUCCUGUUGAUUAUGUGGAGAAGGUACCAAGUCCUGUUGAUCUCAAGGAGAAGGCACCAAGCAUUGUUGAACUCAAAGACCAGAAACCAAGCCCAGUGGAUCUCAAGGAAAAGACACCAAGCCCAGUGGGUCUUAAGGAAAAGACACCAAGCCCAGAGGAUCUCAAGGAAAAGACACUUAGUCCUGUUGAUCAUGCGGAUAAGGCACCAACUCCUGUUGAUUUGAAGGAAAAGGCACCAAGCCCUGUUGAUCAUGCGGAGAAGGCACCGACUCCUGUUGAUCUUAAGGUAAUGGCACCAACUCCUGUUGAUCUCAAGGAAAAGGCACCAAGCCCUGUUGAUCUUAAGGAAAAGGCAUCAAGCCCUGUUGAUCAUGCGGAGAAGGCACCAAGUCCUGUUGAUUAUGUGGAGAAGGUAACAAGCCCAGUGGAUCUCAAGGAAAAGACACCAAGUCCUGUUGAUCUCAAGGACAUUGCUCAAAGCUCUGUUGAACUUGGAGACAAGGAAACAGGCCCUGUUGAACACAAGGAUAAGGAAAUAAUUCCUCACGAUCACAAGGAGAUGGAAGUUAUUGUCGAAGGUCUAAAGCACAAGGAAGAAGAACAGCAGCAAACGAGCCCCUUAAAACUUGACGACAAGGGAACGAUUAAAGAGAGCACUGUCAAGCCAGAUAAGAAGCAUUCAAGCCCAGCAGAACUCGACGACAAGCUUUUGGCUCUUAAACCAGCUGAGCGAAAGACUCCCAGCCCUGUUAAGCCAGAGAAGAAGCCAACAAGCCCCUUGAAACUUGACGACGACAAAGUGACCGAAGAAAAGGCUCCUAGCCCUGUCGAGCCAGAGGAGAAGCCAACAAGCCCCUUGAAACCCGACGACAAAGAAUCGAUCGAUGAAAAGAUUCCUAGCCCUGUCAAGCCAGAAGAGCAGCAAACAAGCACCUUGAAACUUGACGUCAAAGAAUCGAUCGAAGAGAAAACUCCUAGCCCUGUCAAGCCGGAAGAGAAGCCAACAGGUACCUUGAAACUUGACGACAAAGAAGUUACCGAAGAGAACGCUCCUAGCCCUGUCAAGCAAGACGAGAAGCCAACAAGCCGAACGAAACUUGACGUCGAGGAACCGAUCGAUGAGAAAAUUCCUAGCCCUAUCAAGCCAGAGGAGAAGCCAACUAGCCCCUUGAAACUUGACGACGAAGAAUUGAUCCGAGAGAUGGCUCCUAGCCCUGUCGAGCCAGAGGAGAAGCCAACUAGCCCCUUGAAACUUGACGACAAGAAAGUGAUGGGAGAGAAGGCUCCUAGCCCUGUCAAGCCUGAUGAGAAGCCAGAAAGCCCGACGAAACUUGACGUCAAGGAACCGAUCGGAGAGAAGGCCCCUAGCCUUGUCAAGCCAGAGGAGAAGCCAACGAGCCCCUUGAAACAUGACGACAAAGAAGUUACCGAAGAGAAGGCUCCUAGCCCUGUCAAGCCAGAUGAGAAGCCAACUAGCCCCUUGAAACUUGACGACGACAAAGUGACCGAAGAGAAGGCACCUAGCCCUGUCAAGCCAGACGAGAAGCCAACAAGCCCCUUGCAACUCGAUGACGAAGAAGUUACAAAAGAGAAGGCUCCUAGCCCUGACAUACCUGAGGAGAAGCCAAUCAGCCCUUUGAAACCCGACGACAAAGAACCGAUCGAAGAGAAGAUUCCUAGCCCUGCCAAGCCAAAAGAGAAGCCAACAAGCCCAACAAAACUUGACGUCGAGGAAACGAUCGAUGAGAAAAUUCCUAGCCCUCUCAAGCCAGAGGAGAAGCCAACAAGCCCCUUGAAACUUGACGACAAAGAAGUUACCGAAGAGAAGGCUCUUAGCCCUGUCAAGCCAAAGGAGAAGCCAACAAGCCCAACCAAACAUGACGUCGAGGAAACGAUCGAUGAGAAAAUUCCUAGCCCUGUCAAGCCAGAGGAGAAGGCAACUAGCCCCUUGAAACUUGACGUCAAGGAACCGAUCGAAGAGAAGGCUCCCAGCCCUGUCAAGCCACAAGAGAAGCCAACAAGUCCGACGAAACUUGAUGUCAAGGAAACGAUCGAAGAGAAGGCUCCUAGCCUUGUCAAGCCAGACGAGAAGCCAACAAGCCCAACGAAACUUGACGUCAAGGAACCGAUCGAUGAGAAAAUUCCUAGCCCUGUCAAGCCAGAGGAGAAGCCAACAAGCCCAACGAAACUUGACGUCAAGGAACCGAUCGAUGAGAAAAUUCCUAGGCCUGUCAAGCCAGAGGAGAAGCCAACAAGCCCCUUGAAACUUGACGACAAAGAAGUUACCGAAGAGAAGAUUCCUAGCCCUGUCAAGCCAGAGGAGAAGCCAACAAGCCCAACGAAACUUGACGACAAAGAAGUUACCGAAGAGAAGAUUCCUAGCCCUGUCAAGCCAGACGAAAAACCAACAAGCCCAACGAAACUUGACGUCGAGGAACCGAUCGAAGAGAAAACUCCUAGCCCCGUCAAGCCAGAGGAGAAGCCAACAAGCCCCUUGAAACUCGACGACAAAGAAGUUACCGAUGAGAAGACUCCUAGCUCUGUCAAGCCAGAUGAGAAGCCAACUAGCCCCUUCAAACCCGACGACAAAGAAGUUACCGAAGAGAAAAUUCCUAGCCCUGUGAAGCCAGACGAGAAGCCAACAAGCCCGACGAAACUUGACGUCAAGGAACCGAUCGAAGAGAAAAUUCCUAGCCCUGUCAAGCCAGAGGAGAAGCCAACAAGUCCGACGAAACUUGAUGUCAAGGAACCGAUCGAAGAGAAGGCUCCUAGCCCUGUCAAGCCAGACGAGAAGCCAACAAGCCCAACGAAACUUGACGACAAAGAAGUUACCGAAGAGAAGAUUCCUAGCCCUGUCAAGCCAGACGAAAAACCAACAAGCCCAACGAAACUUGACGUCGAGGAACCGAUCGAAGAAAAAAUUCCUAGCCCCGUCAAGCCAGAGGAGAAGCCAACAAGCCCCUUGAAACUCGACGACAAAGAAGUUACCGAUGAGAAGACUCCUAGCUCUGUCAAGCCAGAUGAGAAGCCAACUAGCCCCUUCAAACCCGACGACAAAGAAGUUACCGAAGAGAAAAUUCCUAGCCCUGUGAAGCCAGACGAGAAGCCAACAAGCCCGACGAAACUUGACGUCAAGGAACCGAUCGAAGAGAAAAUUCCUAGCCCUGUCAAGCCAGAGGAAAAGCCAACAAGUCCGACGAAACUUGAUGUCAAGGAACCGAUCGAAGAGAAGGCUCCUAGCCCUGUCAAGCCAGAGGAGAAGCUAACAAGCCCCUUGAAACUUGAAGACAAAGAAGAUACCGAAGAGAAGGCUCCUAGCCCUGUCAAGCCAGACGAGAAGCCAACAAGCCCAACGAAACUUGACGUAAAGGAACCGAUCGAUGAGAAAAUUCCAAGCCCAGUCAAGCCAGAUGAGAAGCCACCAAGCCCAACGAAACUUGACGUCAAGGAACCGAUCGAAGAGAAGGUUCCCAGCCCUGUCAAGCCAGAGGAGAAGCCAACAAGUCCGACGAAACUUGAUGUCAAGGAACCGACCGAUGAGAAAAUUCCUAGCCCAGUCAAGCCAGAGGAGAAGCCAACAAGCACCUUGAAACUUGACGACAAAGAAGUUACCGAAGAGAAGAUUCCUAGCCCUGUCAAGCCAGACGAAAAACCAACAAGCCCAACGAAACUUGACGUCGAGGAACCGAUCGAAGAGAAAACUGCUAGCCCCGUCAAGCCAGAGGAGAAGCCAACAAGCCCCUUGAAACUCGACGACAAAGAAGUUACCGAUGAGAAGACUCCUUUCUCUGUCAAGCCAGAUGAGAAGCCAACUAGCCCCUUCAAACCCGACGACAAAGAAGUAACCAAAGAGAAAAUUCCUAGCCCUGUGAAGCCAGACGAGAAGCCAACAAGCCCGACGAAACUUGACGUCAAGGAACCGAUCGAAGAGAAGAUUCCUAGCCCUGUCAAGCUAGAGGAGAAGCCAACAAGCCCAACGAAACUUGAUGUCAAGGAACCGAUCGAUGAGAAAAUUCCUAGCCCAGUCAAGCCAGAGGAGAAGCCAACAAGCCCCUUGAAACUUGACGACAAAGAACCAAUCGACGAGAAGAUUCCUAGCCCUGUCAAGCCAGACGAGAAGCCAACAAGCCCGACGAAACUUGACGUCAAGGAUCCGAUCGAAGAGAAGAUUCCUAGCCCUGUCAAGCUAGAGGAGAAGCCAACAAGCCCAACGAAACUUGAUGUCAAGGAACCGAUCGAUGAGAAAAUUCCUAGCCCAGUCAAGCCAGAGGAGAAGCCAACAAGCACCUUGAAACUUGACGACAAAGAACCAAUCGACGAGAAGAUUCCUAGCCCUGUCAAGCCAGACGAGAAGCCAACAAUCCCAACGAAACUUGACGUCAAGGAACCGAUCGAUGAGAAAAUUCCUAGCCCAGUCAAGCCAGAGGAGAAGCCAACAAGCACCUUGAAACUUGACGACAAAGAAGUUACCGAAGAGAAGAUUCCUAGCCCUGUCAAGCCAGACGAGAAGCCAACAAGCCCAACGAAACUUGACGUCGAGGAACCGAUCGAAGAAAAAACUCCUAGCCCCGUCAAGCCAGAGGAAAAGCCAACUAGCCCCUUGAAACUCGACGACAAAGAAGUUACCGAUGAGAAGACUCUUAGCUCUGUCAAGCCAGAUGAGAAGCCAACUAGCCCCUUGAAACCCGACGACAAAGAACCGAUUGAAGAGAAGAUUCCUAGCCCUGUCAAGCUUGAAGAGCAACAAACUAGCCCCUUGAAACUUGACGACAAGAAAGUGAUCGAAGAGAAGAUUCCUAGCCCUGUCAAGCUUGAAGAGCAACAAACUAGCCCCUUGAAACUUGACGACAAGAAAGUGAUCGAAGAGAAGGUUCCUAGCCCUGUCAAGCCAGAUGAGAAGCCAAUAAGCCCUACGAAACUUGACGUCAAAGAACCAAUCGACGAGAAGGCUCCUAGCCCUGUCAAGCCGGAUGGGAAGCCAGAAAGCCUGUCAAAAAUUGACUUCAAGGAACUGACCGAAGAAAAGGCUCCUAGCCCUGUCAAGCCGGAUGAGAAGCCAGAAAGCCCGACGAAACUUGACGUCAAGGAAUUAAUCGAACAGAAGGCUCCCAGCCCUGUCAAGCCAGAUGAGAAGCCAACAAGCCCCUUGAAACUAGACGACAAAGAAGUUACCGAAGAGAAGGCUCCUAGCCCUGUCAAGCCAGAGGUGAAGUCAACAAGCUCUUUGAAACCCGACGACGAAGAACCGAUUGAAGAGAAGAUUCCAAGCCCAGUCAAGCCAGAUGAGAAGCCAGCAAGUACUUUGAAACUAGACGAAAAGGCUUUGACUCCUGAUCAAAUUGAGCAAAAGGCUCCUAGCCUUGUCAAGCCAGAUGAGAAGCCAGAAAGCCCGCUGAAACUUGACGUCAAAGAAUCGAUCGAAGAGAAGGCUCCCAGCCCUGUCAAGCCGGAUGAGAAGCCAACAAGCCCAUCGAAACUUGACGGAAAGGAGCUGAUUGAAAAGGAGGAACCUAGCCCCGUCAAGCCAGAGGAGAAGCCAACUAGCCCCUUGAAACUUGACGACAAAGAAGUUACCGAUCAAAAGAUUCCUAGCCCUGUGAAGCCAGAAGAGCAGCAAACAAGCCCCUUGAAACUUGACGAAAAGAAAGUGAUCGGAGAGAAGGUUCCGAGCCCUGUCAAGCCAGAGGAGAAGCCCACGAGCCCAUCGAAACUUGACGGAAAGGAGCUGAUUGAAAAGGAGGAACCUAGCCCCGUCAAGCCAGAGGAGAAGCCAACUAGCCCCUUGAAACUUGACGACAAAGAAGUUACCGAUCAAAAGAUUCCUAGCCCUGUGAAGCCAGAAGAGCAGCAAACAAGCCCCUUGAAACUUGACGACAAGAAAGUGAUCGAAGAGAAGGUUCCUAGCCCUGUCAAGCCAGAUGAGAAGCCAAUAAGCCCUACGAAACUUGACGUCAAAGAACCAAUCGACGAGAAGGCUCCUAGCCCUGUCAAGCCGGAUGGGAAGCCAGAAAGCCUGUCAAAAAUUGACUUCAAGGAACUGACCGAAGAAAAGGCUCCUAGCCCUGUCAAGCCGGAUGAGAAGCCAGAAAGCCCGACGAAACUUGACGUCAAGGAAUUAAUCGAACAGAAGGCUCCCAGCCCUGUCAAGCCAGAUGAGAAGCCAACAAGCCCCUUGAAACUAGACGACAAAGAAGUUACCGAAGAGAAGGCUCCUAGCCCUGUCAAGCCAGAGGUGAAGUCAACAAGCUCUUUGAAACCCGACGACGAAGAACCGAUUGAAGAGAAGAUUCCAAGCCCAGUCAAGCCAGAUGAGAAGCCAGCAAGUACUUUGAAACUAGACGAAAAGGCUUUGACUCCUGAUCAAAUUGAGCAAAAGGCUCCUAGCCUUGUCAAGCCAGAUGAGAAGCCAGAAAGCCCGCUGAAACUUGACGUCAAAGAAUCGAUCGAAGAGAAGGCUCCCAGCCCUGUCAAGCCGGAUGAGAAGCCAACAAGCCCAUCGAAACUUGACGGAAAGGAGCUGAUUGAAAAGGAGGAACCUAGCCCCGUCAAGCCAGAGGAGAAGCCAACUAGCCCCUUGAAACUUGACGACAAAGAAGUUACCGAUGAAAAGAUUCCUAGCCCUGUGAAGCUAGAAGAGCAGCAAACAAGCCCCUUGAAACUUGACGACAAGAAAGUGAUCGGAGAGAAGGUUCCGAGCCCUGUCAAGCCAGAGGAGAAGCCCACGAGCCCAUCGAAACUUGACGGAAAGGAGCUGAUUGAAAAGGAGGAACCUAGCCCCGUCAAGCCAGAGGAGAAGCCAACUAGCCCCUUGAAACUUGACGACAAAGAAGUUACCGAUGAAAAGAUUCCUAGCCCUGUCAAGCCUAAAGAGAAGCCAACAAGCCCAUUGAAACAUGACCUCAAAGAAUCAAUCGACGAGAAGGCUCCUAGCCCUGUCAAGCCUAAAGAGAAGCCAACAAGCCCAUUGAAACAUGACCUCAAAGAAUCAAUCGAAGAGAAGAUUCCUAGCCCUGUCAAGCCAGAGGAGAAGCCAACGAGCUCCUUGAAACUUGACGACAAAGAAGUUACCGAAGCGAAGGCACCUAGCCCUGUCAAGCCAAAAGAAAAGCCAACAAGCCCAACCAAACUUGGUGAAAAAGAGCUCAUUGAUGAGAAGGCUCCUAGCCCCGUCAAGCCAGAGGAGAAGCCACCAAGCCCCUUGAAACUCGACGACAAAGAAGUUACCGACGAGAAGAUUCCUAGCCCUGUCAAGCCAGAAGAGAAGCCAACAAGCCCAUUGAAACAUGACCUCAAAGAAUCGAUCGACGAGAAGGCUCCUAGCCCUGUCAAGCCAGACGAGAAGCCAACAAGCCCCUUGAAACUCGACGACAAAAAACCGAUUGAAGAGAAGAUUCCUAGCCCUGUCAAGCUUGAAGAGCAACAAACUAGUCCCUUGAAACUUGACGACAAGAAAGUGAUCAAAGAGAAGGCUCCUAGCCCUGUCAAGCCAGAGGAGAAGCCAACGAGCCCAUUGAAACAUGACCCCAAAGAAUCGAUCGACGAGAAGAUUCCUAGCCCUGCCAAGCCAAAAGAGAAGCUAACAAGCCCAACAAAACUUGACGUCGAGGAAACGAUCGAUGAGAAAAUUCCUAGCCCUCUCAAGCCAGAGGAGAAGCCAACAAGCCCCUUGAAACUUGACGACAAAGAAGUUACCGAAGAGAAGGCUCCUAGCCCUGUCAAGCCAAAGGAGAAGCCAACAAGCCCAACCAAACUUGACGAAAAAGAGCUGAUUGAAGAGAAGGCUCCUAGCCCUGUCAAGCCAGAGAAGCCAACGAGCCCCUUGAAACUCGACGCAAAAGAAGUUACCGAAGAGAAGAUUCCUAGCCCUGUCAAGCCAGAGGAGAAGCCAACAAGCCCCUUGAAACUUGACGACAAAGAAGUUACCGAAGAGAAGGCUCCAAGCCCUGUCAAGCCAAAGGAGAAGCCAACAAGCCCAACCAAACAAGUCGACAAAGAACUGAUUGAAGGGAAGGCUCCUAGUCCUGUUACGCCAGAGGAGAAGCCAAGUAGCCCCUUGAAAGUCGACGACAAAGAACCGAUUGAAGAGAAGAUUCCUAGCCCUGUCAAGCCAGAGGAGAAGCCAACAAGCCCCUUGAAACUUGAAGACAAAGAAGUUACAAAAGAGAAGGCUCCUAGCCCUGUCAAGCCAGAGGAGAAGCCAACGAGCCCCUUGAAACUUGAUGACAAAGAAGAGAUCGAAGAGAAGGCUCCGAGCCCUGUCAAGCCAGAGGAGAAGCCCACGAGCCCCUUGAAACUUGAAGACAAAGAAGUUACAAAAGAGAAGGCUCCUAGCCCUGUCAAGCCAGAGGAGAAGCCAACGAGCCCCUUGAAACUUGAAGACAAAGAAGUUACAAAAGAGAAGGCUCCUAGCCCUGUCAAGCCAGAGGAGAAGCCAACGAGCUUCUUGAAACUUGAUGACAAAGAAGAGAUCGAAGAGAAGGCUCCGAGCCCUGUCAAACCAGAUGAGAAGCCAACAAGUUCCUUGAAACUUGACGAAAAGGCUGUGACUCCUGAUCAAGUUGAGAAAAAGGCUCUUAGCCUUGUCAAGAAAGAUGAGAAGCCAGAAAGCCCUACGAAACUUGACGUCGAUGAACCGAUCGAAGAGAAGGCUCCUAGCCCCGUCAAGCCAGAGAAGCCAACUAGCCCCUUGAAACUCGACGCCAAAGAAGUUACCGAAGAGAAGAUUCCUAGCCCUGUCAAGCCAGAGGAGAAGCCAACAAGCCCCUUGAAACUUGACGACAAAGAAGUUACCGCAGAGAAGGCUCCAAGCCCUGUCAAGCCAAAGGAGAAGCCAACAAGCCCAACCAAACAAGUCGACAAAGAACUGAUUGAAGGGAAGGCUCCUAGUCCUGUUACGCCAGAGGAGAAGCCAAGUAGCCCCUUGAAAGUCGACGACAAAGAACCGAUUAAAGAGAAGAUUCCUAGCCCUGACAAGCUUGAAGAGCAACAAACUAGCCCCUUGAAACUUGACGACAAGAGAGUGAUCGAAGAGAAGGCUCCUAGCCCUGUCAAGCCAGAGGAGAAGCCAACAAGCCCCUUGAAACUUGACGACAAGAGAGUGAUCGAAGAGAAGGCUCCUAGCCCUGUCAAGCCAGAGGAGAAGCCAACAAGCCCCUUGAAACUUGAUGUAAAGGAACCGAUCGAAGAGAAGGCUCCUAGCCCUGUCAAGCCAGAGGAGAAGCCAACAAGCCCCUUGAAACUUGAAGACAAAGAAGUUACAAAAGAGAAGGCUCCUAGCCCUGUCAAGCCAGAGGAGAAGCCAACGAGCCCCUUGAAACUUGAUGACAAAGAAGAGAUCGAAGAGAAGGCUCCGAGCCCUGUCAAGCCAGAGGAGAAGCCAACAAGCCCCUUGAAACUUGAUGUCAAGGAACCGAUCGAAGAGAAGGCUCCUAGCACUGUCAAGCCAGGGGAGAAGCCAACAAGCCCCUUGAAACUUGACGACAAGAAAAUGAUCGGAGAGAAGGCUCCUAGCCCUGUCAAGCCAGAGGAGAAGCCAACAAGCCCCUUGAAACUUGAUGUCAAGGAACCGAUCGAAGAGAAGGCUCCUAGCGCUGUCAAGCCAGGGGAGAAGCCCCCGAGCCCCUUGAAACUUGAAGACAAAGAAGAGAUCGAAGAGAAGGCUCCGAGCCCUGUCAAGCCAGAUGAGAAGCCAACAAGUUCCUUGAAACUUGACGAAAAGGCUGUGACUCCUGAUCAAGUUGAGAAAAAGGCUCUUAGCCUUGUCAAGAAAGAUGAGAAGCCAGAAAGCCCUACGAAACUUGACGUCGAUGAACCGAUCGAAGAGAAGGCUCCUCGCCCUGUCAAGCCGGAUGAGAAGCCAGAAAGCCCAACGAAACUUGACGUCAAGGAACCGAUCGAAGAGAAGGCUCCAAGCCCAGUCAAGCCAGAGGAGAAGUCAUCAAGCCCUUUGAAACCCGACGAUAAAGAACCGAUCGAAGAGAAGAUUACUAGCCCUGUCAAGCCAGAGGAGAAGCCAACGAGCCCCUUGAAACUUGACGAAAAGGCUUUGACUCCUGAACCAGCUGAGAAAAUGACUCCUAGCCCUGUCAAGCAAGAGGAGAAGCCAACAAGCUCCUUGAAACUUAACGUCAAGGAAUCGGUCGAAGAGAUAGUUCGUAGUCCUGUCAAGCCAGAGGAGAAGUCAACAAGCUCUUUGGAAAUUGAUGACAAAGAACCGAUCGAAGAGAAGGCUCCUAGUCCUGUCAAGCCAGUCGACAAGAAAACGAGCCCGGUGAAACUUGACGACAUGGCUUCUGCUCACGAACCAGCUGAACUAAAGGCUGCCAGCCUUGUCACGCCCGAUGAGAAGCCAUCAAGCACAGCAAAACUUGAAGAUGAGGCUGUGACCUCUGAACCAGCAAAAGAAACGACUCCUAGCCCUGUCAAGCCAGACGAGAAGUCAACAAGCCCAGUUAAAGUUGACGACAAAGCUUUGUCCCCUGAAAUGGCAGAGCAAAAGACCCCCAGCUCUGUCAAGGCAGAUAAGGAGACUACAAGUCCCAAGGCUCUGACUCCAGAACCAGCAGAUCAAAAGUCAGCCAGCUCUGCCAAGCCUGACGAAAAGCCAUUGCCUCCAGUGAAACUUGACGACAAAGAGCCGAUCGCAGAAAAGGCUCCUAGCCCUGUCAAAUCAAAGGAGAUGCCGACGGUCAAAGCGAAUCUUGAUGACAAGGCUUUGCCUGCAAAACCGAGAGAAGACAAGGCUCUGGGGCCAAUCAUACCAGUUGAAAAGCCUUCUAGUCCAGCCGAACAUGAUACUAAGGUUUUAAGUCCUGAUCUGGCACAAGAGAAAGUUCAUCCUUCAGAAAAGUAUAAAGAUAUCUAUAAAGAUAAUUUAGAUGAAGACGGCUUUAUUAUUGUUGAAAAAGAUAUUGUAGUUAGUGAUUCGAUGAAACCGUUUACUGAUAGUAUCAUUGAAAAACCCAAACAAAUAACAGCAAUGCCUACGGCACAAAUUCAAAUGCUCACCAUCGAUGACAUACCGCAACCAAAUAUAAUUUCUGAAGCCGUUCUCAGCAAAGUUCUUGAAAAAGAACCUAGUAAAGAGGAAAUAGCUCAGAUAAAAGUAGUGGACCAAGGUAUAAAAAUCACAGAUGAAAUAAAUCUUGAUAAAAUAAACAAAGAAAUGACAAUUUCGACUGAAGAUCUGGACCAUAUCAAAGAUGAUAUUCCUAGUCCAGAACUGGUACUAGACGAACACAAAAAGCUCAAUAUUGAACACACUACCAAAGAAUUUUUAGAGCACAAGAAAUCUUCUUCAGAGGCCCUAAUUAGUUCUACAUCAGCUGCAGACAAAAUGAGUACACAGGAAGCAAUCAAUACUGACAAAAAAAAUGAAAAUAUCGAAGAUAAAAGCAUUGGCACAAUAAUCGAAGAUGACAUUUCUGAUAAACUUGAUAACAUGCAAGUUUGUUUAGAAAAAAAAUUAUAUGACAAAAAAGACGUGCCCAGAAAAAUCGAUGGUGAAGAGCUCAUGGCUCAAAUAGCGUCUAGUACAGAAAAACAAAACGAACAGAAAACGCUGACAGUACCUGACGAGGCGUCAGCAGUACUUCAACUUGACGAAAUACGUUUAGUGAGCUCAAUUAAAUCUCAGACUUUAAAAUCAGAAGAUUAUCCAGAAGUGUCCACUCCAGACGACGACUAUCCCAGUUUAACUGAAGAAGAAAUUAAAAUCGAAAAAGAACUGGAAAGUUUUCAACCUCUGGGUCCACCAGAAGAGCAAACUUCAACUCAACUCAUACAUGUCACAGAGCACGGACUCAGCAUUAAGAGAAAAAUAACAAUCACAACAAUUGUGCAGGAAUAUUCUUGUCUCAGUAAACCCAUUAAAAAGUACAAAAUAUCCAUCAUAACUGUCGAAAUUGAUGAACGUCCUGAUGGCCAAAUCAUAAGCAGAACCUUCAAGGAGGUAUCUGUUUCUGAUGAAAAACCAAAAUCUAGUUUACCAAGAGAGGAGAUCAAAGAUUCAGCUCAGAUGAAAUCUGAAAUAUUACUUGAGACCAAGGCUUUUGGAAGUUUAGAAACAGAAUCUAGCCCUGACCAGCAUAUUAAGACACCAUCCAAACUUCUAGUUGCACCUGAAGCAGACGAACUAACAGAAGAAAAACAUAGUAAAAUGGAUAACGGAGAUCUUAGUCCUAAGGACCUCAUUGAGAAAGAAACUGAUUCCCUUCAUGAUGAAGCAAAAGUUGCUGAAUUGUUGACAGGAUUUGAACCUUCUAGUAAACCAGAAGAAACGUCGUUUACAGAAAAUUUAACCGUCGUAGAAAAAGGUAUUGUUAUAAAACGAAAACUGGUAGUAACUACAAUCAUACAGGAAUAUUAUAGUAUUAUUAAAAAAGAAACUUUGUACAAAAUAAUUAUAACUACCUAUGAAGAAGAUGAGCUCCCAGACGGUACGAAACUAAACAGAACAUUCAAAAAAAUUACUUUAAGUAACACAAAACCUGCGCAAGAUCAAAUUAAACUUCACAAAAUGGAAUCAACUGAAGACAAAAAGGACUAUGAUCAAAUAAAGUUAGGUGAUGAAUUAGAUCGCUUUGUUAAAGGUACAAAACAUCAACCGACUGAAAAAUCGGAAGUUACAAAAAAAGAAAUCGAAACUAAAUCAAAGGAUGAUGAAAAAGAUAUCGACGAAAGAGAAAACUUUGAUGACGAGUCUGGCCCAAGUAUAAAAAUCCCUUCAAAAGUGGAUUUAUCUACUGUAAAGGUAGGUCAAAUAAAAGAAACACAAAAAUCAAAACCUAUAAGUGAGGCCGUCAGUUCAAUUGAAUUAUCAAACGAACCUUCAGAAACGCUUCAAGACACUGAUGAAAAAGAAGUUUAUGAAGAAGGUGAAUCAAUCAGCGAAGAUAGUCAGGUCUUGGACAGAAGUGAUACAAAGAAAGAUUCAGAAACUCAAAAAGUCGAAAGCGAAGACAAACACUUAACCAAAUCCACUGCAACAACUUCAAAGCAGGAAACACAAUUAAUUUGUGAAAUAGAAUCAAACCUUGAAAAAAGUAGUAAAACACAUGAUCUUUCAACACGCUCGAUUUCAGAUGAAAAAUCUACUCAAGUACCUUUAGGAAGCUUAGCUGAAAGCGUGGUACAAGUACCUGACGGGAGUAGUUCAGAAGACGUGUCUAAGGAAAUGAGCCUAGAAGAGAAAUAUAGUUUUGAAGGCACUGAAAAGUCGGAAAAGAAAUCAAGUACUGAUAAGAUUAAAUUUUCUUUAGAUGAGACAACCGGACAAAAAAUUGAAUCUCUGACAAUUGACGACUCAACAUUGAAAGCUGACAAAUCAGAGCAUGCCGAAAAGAAAAAAGACAUCGAAUCACCCAAAGAAGAAAUUGCUCUGUCAGAAGCAUCAGACUCUGGAGUUCAUAGUAUACCCAUGGAUGUAGAUCAUGUACCCACUGAUGACAGAAUAAGCCAAGCUGAUAAGGAAACUGCUUUCCAUUUAAUGGAAUCAAUUCAUAAAGCAUUUGGUGAAGAUUCUGUGCAACAAGGUAUUAAGACUGAAAGUCUUGAAUCAUUAGUUAGAGUAUCAACACCUCCAACAGUUCCUGUAAGUCCUUUACCUAAAACUCCCAGCAGCUUUCAAGAUGUAAAGAUCAGUGAUGGAGUACAAAGUGAAGUAUCCUACGAUAAAUCUGAUGGAAGUGAAGAAACGAUCACUAAAGUAGUCCACGUUGGUGAAGACGUUCUAACACAAAGAAUUUCCACUUCUACUGAAAAAGUUGCUAAGAAGACCGCUUCCGUUGUAGAAGAUGAAUCGGAUUUACUAUCAUUAAUGCAAAAUGUUGGUAAAAUCAAAACUGAAACUGACACUGUUACUAAAAUUAUUAAGGAAGGUGAAAACGUUGUCACUCAAACGAUUACUACUGUCACAACUAAAGAAGUCAUUUCAAGAGAAGAUGGUACCCCUCAAAAUAUAAAAACCACAAUAGAAACUACCACCCUAAGCAAAGGAUCUGAUGGUUCCACAGUUACGACAACAGAUACACAAACAUUACUCUCUGAAUGUUCUUCCAGCCUUAAAUCUACUUCAUCGAUGGAUUUGUACGCAAAAGACAAAUUAGACAAAGAUUAUUUUGAUGGCAAUGAAAAGUUUGAAAUAAGAGACUUGACAGACAAACGCGAAUCAUCCGUGCCUAAAGAUGUAGAAUCCUUAAAAUCUUUCGUUAGUGAAACUGAUGAUUUAGAUGAUAAUAUCGAAGAUACUAUUAUUGAUACAGAUGUUAGCAAACGAAUUAUCAGAGAAAAUAAUGUUGAUAUCAUAGAAACAGUAACUACAACCACUAAAAAGGAAACAAUUAAGGUUAGUGACACUAAGAAACUGAUCCGAACGACGGUGGAAACGAACAUAACAAAAGAACAUCCCGAUGGUUCCCGAGAUGUAAGAAAGAAUGUUGAAGUAAGGACUGAAGAAGUAGUUACAGAUUCUAGUAGUAAUUUAGACAGAAUUCUUAGCGAAUUUACAAUUUGUGGAGAACCUGAAGAAAGUGUGUCUACAAAAUCUGAAGAAAUUAAACAAGAUAAUGUAAUCAUUAAGCGCACAAUUGUCACUAGGAUAGUUAAAACUAGGUAUGCCGACAAACAAAAUGUACCUAAAAAACUAAAGACUGUCACAACAGUUACCACUACAGAUGAUUACCCGGAUGGUUCAUCACAAACCCAAGUUGACAGCAAUACCUCUUUAACAGACAUUGAAACAGAAACUGUUGAAAAUUCCGAACUUCAAGAUUUGGUAGUAAGUGAAGACAAGUCUGUUGAAACUGAAAAACAAGAAAAAACCGUUAUCAUCAAUGGAAAAAGUGUUUUGCAAAUUAUAACUAUAACUACGACCAGAGAAAUCUUGUCGACUAUUGACAAGUCCAAGAGAAAAGCGAAGACUACAGUUGAAACUGUAACAGAGACCAUGCUUCCUGAUGGCAUGACAGAAGUGACAAAAGAUGUCAAAGUGUCAGUAUCAGAUAUGGGUAUUGUAGAAGCCGAAGGACGGCUUGAAGACUUUGAAGAAAUUGAAAGUCCUAAAGAAGAUAUCCACAUGGAAACAGAAACACUCAUUGUAGACGGAAUAUCAAUUAAGAGAAAGACAACUAUUAUUAUAACAACCCAGAGCUAUAUUAAUAAAUCAAAAACCAUUAAACGAAUACAAACGACCACUAACACUGUAGUAGAAGAUGAACAUCCAGAUGGUUCAGUUAUUACAAAGACUAGUGAAAAAUCCCUACUCGUCGAUGAAAAAGUUGACCAAGAGGUUGAAAGCGAUAUUGAUAUAGCUAAAGCACAAAUAGAGGAAAUACUCAAAGGAUGUACUCAAUUUGGUGAGCCAGAAAUAACAGAAACGGUGAAAACUGAAGAAAUCAAAGAAAAGGAUCAAACAAUUCAUAGAACGAUUGUCACCAAAAUUGUUCAAACGACAUACGCAAACUCUCAGGGUAUACCGAGAAAAGUAAAAACCGAAACGACAGAAACAACAAAUGAUAAAUAUCCUGAUGGCUCUAAUAAGACUUCUGUAGAAUACGGUAUCACAAUCGCUGAAAUUGUUAGUGGAAACCUUGCAACUAGGAAAAAAAUGACUGCAGAUCAAGCUGUAUCAGAAAUCAAAGAUGAAGACAUGACUCAAGUCAGUCAUCACACAGAGGAAGAGUUAUCAAUCAAAGGAGAAGAUCGUUUUGGUGAAAUACCUACUAAUGAUAAACAAGAAUUACCAGAUGAUCAAUCAUCGGAAAGCAAUAAAGUAGAACUAGCUUUAAAAGAACUUGUGUUAGUAGGAGAACCAGAAGUAACUGAAACAAGUAAGAACGUUGAAGUACAAGAAAAAGACAUAAUUAAAAGAACGAUUGUAACUAAAAUUGUGAAAACUAAAUAUGCAGAUAAAAAAGGUACUGUCUGUAAACUUAAAACGGUUACCACGCUUACUACAAUAGAUUACUAUCCUGAUGGUUCAGCCAGAACUGUUGUUGAAAGUAGCACCUCAGUAUCCGAUAUACAAAUUGACACUACCGAUUCCGUUGAAGAAGGUUUCGAUGCAGUCGGAGAACCUAAAGAAGAAACGACAGUAGAAAACGAAACUGUUGUCGAAGAUGGUACUACCAUCAAGAGAAAAAUAACGAUUGACACUGCAGUACAGGAAUAUGCAAACGUUCCACAGAAAAUCAAACGAUACAAAACGACAACUAGAACUACAGUUGAAGACGACCAUCCCGGUGGCUCAGUAGUGACAAAAGCUAGUGAGAAGGUAGCAAUCGUUGAUGAAAUUCUUACAACAAACGAGUUUACUGAAGACGAACUGAGUGAAAUAAGAAAAAUAGAAGCUGCGCUCAUAGAUUUAUCACCUUUAGGAGAGCCUGAAAUAGAUGAUAGUACAGAGAUUCUCGAAAUACUAGAAAAUGAAAGAAUAAUUACCAGAAAAAUUAACACCAAAGUUGUCAAAACAAAAUACUGUGAUAACCUGAAUGUAUUGAGGAAACUGAAGACGGUUAAAACCGUAACAACCACUGAUGUUCAUGAUGAUGGUUCAUCACAAACAACUGUCAAUACCAGUACCGUUGUUAGUGAUAUUCAAGACGACCAAUCAACAACUGUUAUCUUAACCCCGAGAACUGAAGAACAUGCUCAAGAUGGCGACGUUCAAAUCUCUGAAGAGACAAUCAACAAUGUCGUAAUUAGAGAUGGAAAACCACUAGAACAAACAAUAACCAUCAAAACUACGAAAGAAGUUUUUGAUGAUGGGAAAAAGAAGGUUAGGACUACAGUUGAAACAGAGACUUGCACCGAUCUUCCGGACGGUAGCAUUGAGAUCACAAGAGAUAAAAAAGUGACAUUGGAUGACUAUAGAUCAGAAGCGUUCUACGAAAAUCUUGCGGGUUACGUUGCAAUCGACAAACCGGAAGAAUCCCGACAAAUCGAUGAAGAGCUUAUCAUCGAAAACGGUGUACAAAUUAUUAGAAAAUCAACAGUCGUGACUAUUAUUCAGGAAUUUGUCAAUGAACAAACAAAGUCCAGGAAAAUUAAAACGAUUAUUAGACGUGUUACAGAAGAUGAAUACCCUGAUGGUACAGUAAUAACUAAAAGAAAGGAAACUGUGACGAUUGCAGACGUAUUGACUUCGGCACAAAACACAGAAGAAAUUUCCGAACGGCCUGAUGAACUACGUAUCGAUGAUUCUGAGAAGGUGGAAAGCCAGACAGAAGACUUAGAUGUUAAAAAUGAAGUAAUUCAACGGGGAUCAGUAACGAUAAAACGUAAAAUUACUACGUUAACAAAACGAGAAUUUUUGGCAAGCAAUGAUGUUAAUAUAAAACGCGUUAGAACUACGGUUGAAACUACGACGGUAGACGAAUUCCCAGACGGUGCUACUGAAACAACCAAAGAUGUCAAAAUAACUGUCUCAGAAUUCCAAAAGACGUCAGACAGUGAUUUACAGGCAGCUUUGCAAGGACUGGUGUCCACUGGCAAAGUCAAAACUUCAGUUGACAGAAAAACAAAUAUCAUAAAGUCAGAGCAGGGUGAAAGGAUUACUCAGACUAUUACAACUAAUGUUAGUAAAGAAGAACUUUCUAAUAGGCAAACAAAUGAUGUAGCUGUAAAAACAGUUACUGAGACAAUAACAGAAAAUGCUAAAGACGAUGGCACAGUUGAGACAACAAAAGACGUCCGGACACAAAUAACGUAUCUACCUCCAGGAACUGGUCUUGACGACUGGUCUCCAGAAGAACUAGAAGAAAUAGAAAAACAACCCGUAGCACAAGAAGAAAGGCAAGUACUUGAUGACAGACCUGAAAUAAAUCGACUGCCUUUAGAACCUCAAGAGAAAGAAGAACAAAAACCUAAAAAGCAGCGGUCACCGGUCGGCGAAAUAACUACUGGCACUGAAACCUUCACUAAGGUUAUCAAGGAAGGUGAAAAUGAAAUCACGCAGACCAUAACAGUUGUCACUACUAAAGAGGUCAUCAGUCCAGAAAAAAUAAAGGUGACCGUAGAGACAACCACAGUGAGCAAGGGCAGUGACGGUGUUACUAAAACUACGAAAUCUACCAAAACAACAAUAUCCGAAUUUAAGGAAGAGUUCGAAGAAACUGUAGAUACAGGUGAAAGUGAGAAAUCAUUUUCAAAAUUAUCAUCAAAAACCGGAGACAUGCGAAGCUCUUCAGCAGCUAGUGACGAUCUAGAUCACCAGGGUAUCUCAUCACCACCGUCCGAUAUAAGUUCAAGAGGUUCAAGAGCUGCUACUCAUGUUUGGGGCACAGAAAGCAGUGGCAUGUAUUACAGUGAUGAUGAUGGUCCAGGUAGCCCUAGUAGUACAAAGUCACAAAUUGCACAUUCCCCACGAUCAAACCUUAGUUUUGAAUUAGACACGGCACGGUCACAACAUGAAAUAUUCGAGAAACACGAAUCAAUGCCAGACAGAGAUUUAAUGACAACUUCUGUUUACGGUCAACUUCCUGAAGAUGACUCAACACAUUCAGAGGUUACCACGACUGAAGUACACGUCGGCAAAUCAGUAUCGAAAAUGACUGAGGAAUUUUUAUCCCAAGAAAAAUCUGAACAUAUAAAACACAGUGAUGCCACAUUCUUAAAAGAAGCGGACGAACAUUUUGAAAAGGCUAUUGAAGAGCAUAAAAAAGUUAGUGGAUCCGAAGUAAUCUCCAAUAUAACAGCUAAAUACGAACUUGACUCAAAGUUCCAUGCAAGUUCCAGCCGUUCUUCGAAGGAAGAAAGCACGAUUACAUUAAAAGAUCUCAAAUCAGAAUCAAAGAAAGUUACUGAAAGCAGUUCAACUAGCAAGCAAGAAAUGAAGUUCGAAAAAUCUGAACAGAGCAGUGAAACUCGUAAACUAUCAAAAGAUCCGAUUGAGUCUUGGGGUAAACCGUUAGGCUUGCCUAGUCCGAUAAUGCCUCCAACAGAUGGUAAGAGUACCCCUAAGAAACAGACGAGUUCCGCCGUUCUAAACAAAAAUAAGAUCAACCAGGAGAAGAGCAAGGAAGCGAAGAGCCGCGCCUCAGAGUCACCCAGCAAGAAGAAGGCUCCAGCGCCGGUAUACAUGGAACUGACUUACGUGCCUCACCAUGGCAACUCAUAUUACUCUGCCGUCGAGUUCUUUAAGCGAGUUCGAGCACGCUACUAUGUAUUCUCAGGCACGGAACCAUCGAAGGAGAUCUAUAAUGCUCUUCUGGAUGCCAAGAAGACAUGGGAAGAUAAAGAUUUAGAAGUAACCAUUAUCCCUACGUAUGACACCGACGUGCUUGGCUACUGGGUGACCGAAAAUGAAGAAGCUCUCGAGAAGUAUAAGAUCGACCUCUCGCCAUCCGCCUCUCGCUGCACCAUCAACCUUCAGGACCACGAGACUUCGUGCGCGGCCUAUAGACUUGAGUUCUAGGUUUCGGGUCUAUUUGUAUCCUUCUCAUCGAAGAAGUGAGCCUCUCCCCAGGAGUCGACGGUUACGAACCGAGUGAACCAAAGAAAAGUGUAAUUGUUGUAGGAAAAUAAGGCUGUGAUAAUGAAAGAAAAGCUCGUAAUCGAUGACUCCCGAGGCCACUACUCCGCAUGAGAUAGUUUGCAAAUAGAUGCUGAAUUUUUGUGAUAUAUGAAUGCAAUUAACAGACUGCUAAUGAGUUUGAUAAAAUCUUAGUUUAUAAUGAUAUAACAAAAAAUCGAAGUGCUGGUGUCAAAUUGUGUUGUGCAAACCACGGCCGAUUCGUAACUCCCAAACUGACAGUGUCCUAACCACAUCCAAUUAUAAAAUAACCAAUUCUCGACCUAAGAACAGAGACGUCCAUUUUUUUCUAAAAUACAACUGUUUUCUAGUAGCUUGCCAUUUAAAAUAUAUUUCUGAUGAUAUUUUAAAAUUUGGUCUUAUACAAAACUGUAGUGCUUUUAUACAUGAUAUUUAGCGUAACCGGUCCAUUUUGUUUAGCCAAUCACCGCUUUGCGAUCAAAAUUUUUGAGGAAUGGAAAAGAAAAAUUAUUUUGCUAUUGCCAUUUGUGAUUUACAAAUUGUACAAAAUAUCUUAGCGGCAAUUCUUUUAUUUAACGUAGUCGCUUAAAAGGGACGUGAUAAACACAAAAUGUCAUGGUAACUGACGUUAAUAUAAAACCUGAUGGUACUUUUAUAAAGGUUUAAAUAAAGUUAUAUUUAACAAAAUGUUGUCUUAAAAAGGCAUUCUUAAAUAUAAAGUCAUGCGUGGGGCCGGCGCGUCGUGCGCGCGCCGCUGUCUAUUCAUAUUUGUUAGAUGAGACUUAUUAUUACGACUCUAGAACGACAAAGAUGACUUCUUGUCCGUACCGCGUAAGUAAAUCAGUUAGUUGUAAGGAGUGACGUUUUCCACUUUGUUUUCGACUCGAGCUUAUUUCCCUGCGAUUUAUUAUAGUAAAGUUACGAUCGAUUGCAGACUCAGAUAUUAAAUAAUCCAGCAUUGAGGUCAAUUUGCAUCACGCUAAAGAUUUGUCUUGUCGGCUGUUUUGAAUGAGUUGCGCGUACACUCGGCUAUCGCAACGCGGGCAGCUGUCGGCCCCGCGUGCGGCACAGACUCGGCGGCGGUGGGAGACUCCUGCACCUCCCGCCGCGGCCGCCUCUCCGAGCUGGGGUCGAUCGCAACUGUAUGCCACUGAAGACAUCUGUGUUAUUCUAGACCAACAGGAGCCUAAAACGGUAGAGAGCUUAUCCAUUAUAAAUAAUAAAUGUUUUAGUAGAAAACUAUUAUUAAAGAAUUCAUUAUAUUUACCUCUGUUUAAGUUGAUAUUUGCUUGUUGCGUCGAAGGGUAGUAAUAUAACAUAGUUAUAAAUACGUGUUAUAUAAAGGUUACUCAUUUCCAAAAGAUAUUGAUAUAAAAUGAGAUUGUUGAAUCUCUAUUUUAUUAUUUUGGCAUAAUUAUAUAUUUUCGGUCUGUUGUAUUUCUGUUUGAAAUUUCUAGUCGAGGCGACCCAAAUACUUAUAAAAUCAUUAUAGUCUUUUAAAAAUUUGUUCCUAUUCAGAUGAAUUGUUUUUUUAGCAAUUUACUAUUGUUUGUCAACGAUACAACCCUCAUGUAAUUAUAGAUAAAGUACUCCAUUAGAUAACCGAUUUGUUUCAAAAUGUUAUGUUCGGGUGUGAGCGAAUGUGAUAUGAUCCAUGAUGAAUCAGCAUCUAGUGUGUAAGCAGACAUGCAGGCUUUGAACCGCGACGGGCGGGCGCGGCGAGCGCGUCGAGCCACUCCAAACUAUAACAACUAUAUGUAACCUGCUUGCUUGCCCGCGUCUCCACUGUUGCGUUGUCCUUAUUUGCCAAAUAUCCAAUAAAAAUGUUUGAGUCAAUUAAUUUUAAGUCAUCCAUAGUUAUAAGUGGAUUAAUGUCACACAAUAAUCGCUUACUUGGCCAACAUUUCUUAAUAUAGAAAAAAAUAUAGCGAGAUCAAUUCGUAUUCCGAACGCACCAGCACAAUGUAAUAACAUAAAAAGUAUACUUUAAAAAUCGAAUACAUGAAGAAGAAUAAUUCUUUUUAAUUUUUUAUGUAUCUCAACGAAUGAGUUUUUAUUUUAUAGUUUAAAAUAAAUACUUAUAUAAUAUAGUAUGUGUUACUGUGUGGAUUGAUGUGAGCACAAUAUUGUUUCAUUAUGGUUUAUGCUUUAGGUAGUUUGGAUGGGACGAAACAGGGAAGUGCGGAAUACCUUGUGGGAGUGGUCCGAGCCAAUGUCACACGUUGUCACCACUUUUGGCUUCAGCAGUCAAUUGUAGCCGUAGCAUACAUGCUAAAUGGGAACCCUAAUAUUGUUUUAAAGUAACGUGGAGCGAAAAGUAGUAAAGAGUUUUAAAGAGCCUUUAAAGUAAUAUUGCGGUGUUCUCGGUGUUUGUGACCAACGUGCGCAUUGGAGACGACGACAAUUGCUUCGGAAAGAUAACGAAUGAUUUAAAUAGGCUUUGUUCUUUUCGGCCGGCGUCCACUGUCUAGCUGGCGGUAAAGCCUGAACCCUAAAGUUUACUAUUGUAUUUUAUAGCUAGAAUUCUAAUUAAUGCAUAUUAUUAGGAAUAUUAAAAUGUUAUUAAAAUUAAGAAUUGUAUCAGCUUAGUGAACAUCAAUAGCUCUGAGAAAUAAACCAUUAUUGAAAUUAUUAAAUGUUGUAUUCUUCCAACUGUGGGUAACAUGUAUUAUUUACUGUAUUUUCAUAGUGUUUAUGUCUGUCAAGUGUUGGCACACAGCCAUGCGGCUUACCUAAGUAAGCUUGUAUAUAUACCUCAACUUAGCAUCAUAAAAAAAUACUAAUUAUUUGCCAACAAACCUGCUUUACCUCAAUCCCAUCUAUGGACUAUUUAUAAGAACACUAUUGACGCUAAACGCCAAUUAAACAAAGUUCACGACCAGGUACACCGUAUGACUGUUUGUCAUCAAUUCGUAGAAUAAAAGAAUCGAAAUUGUCUGCUGACGGUUAAACAUAAGAAGGAAAAGAUGGAUUUAUUGUAGGUAGGUAGAAGAUCAAUGCGAUGAUUAAAGCUAAAUUAAGAUAGAGUCUGCUAAACAAAGUCACAAAAUAUUUUCAAUUUAAUACCUCACCAUGGAUAUACAAAAAAGGCCAGGUUAAAAUACCAUCAAAAAAGUGUUUAGCAGACUUUAUUUAAAAGAAAAAUGAGUCUUAAUGCUUAUGUGGUGCUAGAAGCCGAUGUGUAUUGAAAUACGAAGCACCCUGAUAAAUGAUGAAGAUGGAAAUUGGAAAUAAGUUUAUAACAAACAUAAUACAAAUAAUAAUAAAAUUAAUUGUCACUUACACUCAAUCUGAUUCUAAUAGUGAGAUUACAUAACACCUAUGUUUACUAAAGUAAUAAAAUUUAAACGAAUUUGAACUCUGAUACACCUACUUAUAAGAUUCUGAUUGCAUUGUAUGCAAAUGUGUUAAAUCUUUCAUAUUACUCGUCUCACUAAUACAGUGUGGUGAACUACCCUCUGCCAACAAAUAAACAAUACCGAUCCAAUAAUGCUACGAACUGAGACGCACUUAUUAUGAGACAAGCUAAAAUAACCCUUAUUUGUAAAUGGUAAGAUUGAUAUUUAAAGUGAGACGCACCUGUUACUUCCCACCUGAAAGUCGAAAAUAGCACAAGCUAAAAUCAACCUUAUGAGUGGGUGCGAGUAAGUUUAUAUUCGUGUAAACUCCAAAACAAAUUGAAUUCCACCAUCAUCAUUUACUAAGGUCGUUAGUAACACGCUAAAUGGUAAGUAAGACUGAUCGGUGAUUUGUUUGACAGCUAUUCAAGGCUUAAAAUCAGUUGCAAGGUAACUCCUGUAUACGCUUGUUGUAAAGGACUUGCUGAUAUCAAGUUCUGUCUUCAAAUGAUAUUUCGGCGCAUACUAUAACAUUGACCUCUCCUUAGUCUACAAUGAGAUCUUAAAUAACUGUUGCAAUUGUGGAAGGGAGAUGAUGCUACAUCCUGUGUAUUGCUGUCUCUUUCCCACAAUCAAAACACUCUAAAACUUCAUAGUAUAUUGAAGUUUUAAGUAUAUUAUGCGUCGAAAUACAAUAGCUUGCGUUAAACAUCUGUUGAUUGAUAAUAAAAUUAUUGAUUCGAUAUUUAAUAAUUUGAAUAAUGUAACGCCCUCAAGGGUAAUAGGUGCAUAUUUAUGAUCGUAUGUAAUAUAAAAUACUCAUUAAAUUUCAUAGUAUCAGUCACGUCGCUAUAAUCCAUUCAGCGUGUUUGGUGGUCAUGUAUGAUUCAUUAUGAGUAAUAAAAAAAAUGUUUGAAAA